AUGUUCAGAAACACCACUCUCAAGUCUCUGCGCCGUGUCGCUGUCGCAGCCACCCCAGCUUCUGUCCGUCUUGCUUCCACAUAUACACUGUCGCUGGCGUGCCGUAGUUCUCAGCUCAAUGCCCGACCUCAGCUUCUUUCACACUUUCAAAAGACUGCUUCGGCAGCUGCUACUUUAAUACCCAGACGGAUGUACAGUGCUGGUCCUCCUCCACUCACAAAGGAUUCUGUUUACGACCGCAUUGUUGGUCUGCUGGAAUCUUAUGAUAAGGUCGCUGAUCCUUCUGCCAUUACUUUUGAAACCAACUUUUCAUCUGACCUGGGUCUUGACAGUUUAGACGUUGUUGAGGUUGUCCUUGCCAUUGAGGAGGAGUUCAGCAUUGAGAUUCCUGACCAUGAAGCUGACGAGAUUAAGACUGUUGGCCAGGCCGUUGAGUACAUUCUCAAGCAGCCCGAUGCCUUGUAA